CUUACUCCUUCCACAUGUUCAACCCACUCGGUCCUCCAUUAGACGUGCUAACAAGGACCAAAUCUCAGUCACGCCCGGCUCACCGUUCAUCCAAAUCUACCCCUCAGCCUUUGGAAGCUGCCAGCCCCGCUGCGCGUGCAGCCAUCGCUUUGGAAUAUGCCUCUCUGAGGAAUAGGUCGCAUUGUCCUCUCGGAUUAUAUGUUGUACCUGCAGCAGAUACGAUAUUAAUCUGGGAUGCAGUUCUCUUCAUCCAUCAAGGAUAUUAUGCGGACUCAAUUCUUAAAUUCAAACUCACCUUUCCUUCCAACUAUCCUGAGCGCCCUCCUACAGUGCAAUUCAUAAACGAUGUAUUCCAUCCGCUGAUAUCUUCUAAUGGAACAUUCUCUCUUAUGCCUCAAUUUCGAGCAUGGCGACCAAACCAACACCAUGUCUUUGAUGUCCUGCAUUUUAUCAAGGCCGCCUUCAAGAGAGAUGUAUUGGAUAAGAUAGAGGAAGCUGAUUGUUUGAACAAGGAAGCUUACAAAUAUCAUGAAUCUACCACUUCUUUUGCUGCUCUCGCGACACAGACUUCAUCCCUGUCCCACUCUGACACUGCUCUGUACGAAAAGGACCAGCUCUCUUUGAAGACGAAACCAUUACAUGCCAUGCCUUUUUCCAAACUCAAGGCGAAGACGUUGAAGGAGGAGCGUGAGAGGCUUGGUCUCAAAGAGUGGAAAAUGGAUCAGUGAACACAAUGUGCUUCUUGGAUGUAGCCUUCACAUUCUUAGGAGUCCCGAUCAGUGUCGACAUCUUUUGUGGUGUACAUAUCAAGUAGUUGCCCAAUGGUCGCCUUCAGGACACCUAUUCACAAUAUCGCGUAUUCAUGUCUUGGCUGCUCAAACUUUUUACUUCCAAUGUUGAUUAUCAGCCCCGAAACUU